AUGUCCAUUUUGUCCGACUUUUUGAAGCAUCCCAACUUGCUUCAAGUGACGGACGGUGGACCACUGGUCGAUGGAACCAACGGGGUCAAAGGGACAAGAGUGGUGGGAAGUGUCUCGAAUGCGAGAGAAUUGCGCGGUGCUGAUUCUUUGGUCGGAGACGUUGAGCGUGCAAUUAUUCAAGUACAAGAGACUGAGUUGCUCGCCGAAGUCUGCAAUACCGUUUUCGACGUUAUGAAGCAAAACGGAGAAGUUAUCGUCUUCUCACAAGAUCUCACAACUGCUCAGCGUAAACUUCGUAUUGCCGGAUUCCGUGUAACAGAGGUUGCCGCUGAAUUUCCGGUCCGUGGUAUCAAAUUGGUGAACUUUGGAGAAAAGGUUGCGCUGGAUCUUGGAGUUGUUGCUGAUGAAGACCUAAUCGAUGAGGACGGGCUUUUGCAAGAGGAAGAUUUCGAGAAACCAACUGGUGAUCAACUGAAAGCUGGAGGAUGUGGACCAGACGAUCCAAAUAAGAAGAAGCGUGCCUGCAAGAACUGCUCUUGUGGUCUUGCUGAGCAGGAGGAAUUGGAAAAAAUGGGACAAAUUGCUGCUGAACCUAAGAGCAGUUGUGGAAAUUGUUCCCUUGGAGAUGCAUUCCGAUGCUCCACCUGCCCAUAUCUCGGACAACCACCAUUCAAGCCAGGCGAGACUGUCAAAAUCUCGACGGUCGACGACUUCUAAUGCAUUCCAGCUUUUUCUCACCCCCUCUUGACACGUGGUUUUCAUCUCCCCUAAUUUCAAAAACACCAUCUUUUCCACACAACCAACCAGCUGAACACCAUUUUUUCCUAUUCUUGUCUGUUACUUUUUCUAUUGUCUAUAUUUCAUUUUUCGUUAUUACUUUGCGCGUAGAGUUCUUCUUGUGCUAUCUUGUGUUGAAGAAAAUAAAAGCUCAUCUAGUUUCCAAA